AUGAUAACUUUUUCAGAGCAUUUAAUGCAAGAGCAGGCAGCUGUCGGCGUGGGGUUCAAGAAAACUACCACCCCUUCAGUCGUCCGGCUGAUGGCCGACAAACAUCGCCUUUGCAGUCGGCUACGCAAGUUGCCGCUGGAACGACCGAGCGAGGAUUCGGGGGGGAGGUUGAAGCUCGAGGAGCUGAAUUGGGAUCACUCGUUUGUUAGGGAGCUGCCGGGGGAUCCGAGAUCCGAUACGAUUCCCAGAGAGGUGCUGCGCGCUUGUUACACAAAAGUGUCACCUUCUGUUCAAGUGGAGAAUCCAAAGCUAGUAGUGUGGUCAGAUUCAGUUGCUAAGUUGCUUGAUUUAGAUCCUCAAGAAUUUGAGAGACCAGAUUUUCCACUUCUGUUUUCCGGAGCAUUGCCUUUGGUGGGAGGAUUGCCGUAUGCACAAUGCUAUGGUGGACAUCAGUUUGGUGUAUGGGCUGGGCAGCUUGGUGAUGGACGCGCUAUUACACUUGGAGAGCUUCUGAAUUCACGAGGUGAACGAUGGGAGUUGCAACUCAAAGGUGCUGGAAAAACUCCAUACAGUCGAUUUGCAGAUGGCCUUGCAGUCCUUCGUAGUAGUAUACGCGAAUUCUUAUGCAGCGAGGCAAUGCAUGGGCUUGGAAUCCCUACUACACGUGCACUUUGUCUUGUUGCAACUGGGAAAUAUGUCAGCCGAGACAUGUUUUAUGAUGGCAACCCAAAGGAUGAGCCAGGUGCUAUUGUAUGCCGCGUUGCUCAGUCCUUUCUGCGGUUUGGUUCAUAUCAGAUUCAUGCUUCUAGGGGAAAAGAAGAUCUUGAAAUUGUUCGUCUUUUGGCAGACUACGCAAUCCGCCAUCACUUCUCUCAUAUUGAAAAAAUGGACAAGAGUGAGGACUUGUCUUUUGGAGCUGGUCAGGAGGGUUCUCCGGUUGUUGAUUUGACGUCAAACAAGUAUGCAGCUUGGUCGGUUGAGGUUGCUGAGCGUACGGCUUCCUUGAUUGCCAGCUGGCAGGGGGUUGGUUUCACUCACGGUGUGCUGAACACGGAUAACAUGAGUAUACUGGGUCUAACUAUUGAUUAUGGGCCUUUUGGUUUCUUAGAUGCCUUCGAUCCUAGCUACACUCCAAAUACCACUGACCUUCCAGGAAGAAGAUAUUGUUUUGCAAACCAGCCAGACAUUGGCUUGUGGAAUAUUGCCCAAUUUACUACAACUUUAGAAGCUGCUAACUUGAUUAGCAAAGAUGAGGCCAAUUAUGCUAUGGAAAGGUACGGGAAUAAAUUCAUGGAUGAAUAUCAGGCCAUAAUGACCAGAAAACUUGGUCUAGCUAAGUAUAAUAAGCAGCUGAUUAGUAAGCUUCUUAACAACAUGGCUGUUGAUAAAGUUGACUACACAAAUUUCUUCCGUGUGCUCUCAAAUAUUAAAGCAGAUCCUAACAUCCCAGAAAAUGAGCUCCUUAUUCCCCUCAAGUCUGUGUUAUUAGACAUUGGUCAGGAGCGAAAAGAAGCCUGGAUCAGUUGGGUGCAGACCUACAUCCAAGAGCUGGUGUCAAAUGGCAUCGUUGAUGAACAAAGGAAGGCAGCCAUGAACUCGGUAAACCCAAAGUACAUUCUUCGCAAUUAUUUAUGUCAGGGUGCUAUAGAUGCUGCUGAACAAGGUGACUAUGAAGAGGUUCGUAGGGUUCUCAGAGUCAUGCAAAAUCCAUAUGAUGAACAGAAAGGAAUGGAGAAGUAUGCUCGCUUGCCACCAGCUUGGGCUUAUAGGCCUGGAGUGUGUAUGCUUUCUUGCUCGUCGUGAGAUAAAUAAUUACUGGCUGUAGAAUUGUGGGUGUAAUAUGUAGAUCAUUAUUGUAUAUAUUCGACAGUUUUGUAUUCACAGUAAAAUGAAGGUUGAUACAGCACAGCAGGAACUCUUAGGUAUGGUGGAAAUAGAGAAAGCAUUGAGUUUAUUUAUAGUGCCUUGUAUGGUAUGACAUUUCUGUGGGUGUUCUAGUUUGUUGGAAAUACUCAAGAAUUUGACGAAGUGUUUAUGAGGUCUAUUCUUGAGCGAGGGAAGAUGUUGUAAUGGUGGGAAUUUUAUGUUGAGCCUAUUCUAGUGAUGAUCAGUCUCCCAAUGACUAAGUUCAUGAUCA